GGAGAAUGGUAUUGAUUGUAAGAAGCCGGAGAUGAAGAGGCCGGAUAUCUUCGAAACGGAAGCGGCCGUGCCGAAAGGUUAACAAUGACGAUUCUCCAAACGUAAUUAUUGCGUCACUCCUGAAAUAGCGAUGGUACACCAAGUAUAAUAUUUAUUGUGCCAUUGAGAUCAGCAUGCACUCAAUUAUCCGAUUACAAAAGUGAAAUACAUUCUGAGACACUUGGUACAUUAGUAUAAUAACAACGAAUGCCAUGACAAAAGUUAAUAUUGAUGAUAUAUCACGUUCCUUGUAACAAAAGGAGAAAGUUAUUAAGCAUGAAUUUAAUCGAUGUCUGAUCAAUAUUCCGUAUAUAAAAUGAUAAAUGAUGAAUGUUAAAAUUCUUCAACUUAUAUGUGUAAAAAAAAUCAAAUACACGUUCGAUCGCAUGUUCUCGUGAUUUCAAUAAAACCAUUAAGAAAAAAAAAAGAAGAAGAAGAAGAAAACAGAAAGCGAGAAAGAAAGGAAAAAAAAAAGAAAAGAGGAUAAAACUCGCUGAAAAUAUUCCAUUUGUAAAUAGAAAAAAAUUGUUUCUCCUGUAAUAAAUCAUUGAUUAUUAAUUAAACAAAUAGAUAUGAGACAUAACAAAAAAUUAAUUAUAAUUAUUAUUCUUAUUAUGUAUUUCGUAAUAAUGGACAUAUUUUGGCGCGCGAUGUAGCAAUUGGCUGGGAAUCUUGGCGCGAGAAAGAUGGCGCCAAGUUCGUGAGUGCUCGUUAUUGGUCAAGCCAGUUGCGCUCGCGCAUGCGCGGUAUUAGUUGAUUGCCGUCGUCAAUUGUCGACGACAAGUCGCGGAAAGAACCGAGGAUAGGAGGUGGGAGAGGUGAAGGAAGAGGGAGAGGAAGAGGAGGGUGAUCAUUAUCGUCGUCGUCGUCGUUUUCAUUCUCGUCGUUCUCGCGAUCUUCGUCGAUACGUUAUCAUCGUCUUGUACGGGUGUACCACGAGGUUGGCGCGCUCGCGCGCUCCUUUAACGCACGAUCAUUCGUCGUUCUCGUCGUGAUCGUCGUUGGUUGUGUCGUUCAAUAUCGCAUUAACCAUAGACGUGAUUACCGGUUACUCGUCUCCCGCGAACCAACUUCGUUUUAUUCGUUUUAUUAAAUAUAAUAUCACGCAUUAUUAACGUUUAAUCGGUAAUUAUAUAAAAAGUGUGUAUAUCGUUUAAAAGAGGGGAAGAGGAGAGAAAAAAGAAAAGAAAAAGUAGGAAAGAGAUAACGAUCUAUCCCUCUUUUUUUUUUUUAUUUAUCUUCCUCUUCUAUUGCUAUCUUCGUUGUCGUCGUCGUCGUCGUCGUCGUCGUUCGACGUACACAUUUUUUUACAUCUACUUUUGCGAACGUGCCAUGAGUGGUGGCAGGGCCAAUGGCAGCGAGAGCAGGGGACGAAGGAAUGGCCACGUGCUGGUGUGGGAACAACCGGGUUUGGAAGAGAACGACAAGCCGGUGCGAAAACGAAGAGCCCUGGUUGGGACACGUCACGUAGUAACUUUUAUGAUUUUUCUUGGCAUGGCAAAUGCCUAUGUAAUGAGGACCAACAUGUCUGUGGCGAUCGUUGCUAUGGUCAACCACACGGCUAUCACGGAACAUCAAGAGAUUGUUACGAACGAAUGCCAGAUCGAUUAUACCAAUAGUACUACGUCAGACAGCAGUCAUAAAGAUGGUGAAUUUGAAUGGGAUACUAAAAAACAAGGCUAUCUAUUGAGCUCAUUUUUUUAUGGAUAUGUUAUAACUCAAAUACCUUUUGGUAUACUUGCCAAACGUUAUGGGUCUAAAUAUUUUCUUGGCGUUGGCAUGUUGAUAAAUUCGCUAUUUGGGCUAUUAGUUCCAGUGUCUGCACAUUGGGGCUUUCCUUGGCUAAUGGUAGUUCGAUUUAUUCAAGGUUUAGGCGAGGGUCCAAUUGUGCCUUGCACGCACGCAUUGUUGGCAAAGUGGAUACCACCAAACGAGAGGAGCAGGAUGGGAGCCUUCGUCUAUGCUGGUGCUCAGUUUGGUACAGUUAUCUCAAUGCCAUUAAGCGGUUUGCUGUCUGAAUAUGGAUUUGCUGGUGGUUGGCCAUCGAUAUUCUAUGUCUUUGGUGCUGUCGGUACUAUAUGGUGCAUAGCUUUCCUCAUUAUGGUCUAUGAAGAUCCAGAAAGCCAUCCGCAUAUUUCUGAAGAUGAAAAGAAAUACAUACUUAGUGCAUUGUGGGGAAAUGCUGGAGCAUCUUCUCCACCUGUACCUUGGAAAUCAAUCGUUACUUCAAUGCCUUUUUGGGCUAUUUUAAUGGCACAUAUGGGUCAAAAUUAUGGAUACGAAACAUUAAUGACGGAACUUCCAACGUUUAUGAAACAGAUUUUACAUUUCGACAUUAAGUCUAAUGGCACUGUUUCAUCCCUUCCUUACUUAGCUAUGUGGAUCUUUUCAAUGUUAAUUAGCCACGUUGCCGAUUGGAUGAUUUCUACAGAAAAAUUUAAUCACACUGUUACUCGUAAAAUUAUCAAUAGUAUUGGUCAGUAUGGACCUGCUGUAGCAUUGGUAGCAGCAUCUUAUACCGGUUGUAAUCCGUGGCUGACGAUAAGUCUUCUUACUAUUGGUGUUGGUUUAAACGGUGGUAUUUAUUCUGGUUUUAAAGUGAACCAUCUCGAUAUCUCACCAAGAUUCGCAGGAGUUUUGAUGUCUUUCACUAAUUGCCUUGCUAAUUUGGCUGGAUUACUUGCACCAAUUAUAGCUGGCCAUAUUAUUGUUGGCACGCCAACUCAACACAAGUGGAGAAUUGUCUUCGUGAUUUCAGCAGCUGUUUAUGUAGUUUGUGCUACAGUUUAUGUCAUAUUUGGCUCUGGGGAGAGACAAUCUUGGGAUAAUCCAGAUAAAGAUGAAGAGAAAAAUAACAGCAAAGAAUUAGAGGGUGUGAAAACAGUAAACGAAACUCAACAUUAAUGUGAUUUAAUAAUACUUGCCGUGGUAUUUAAUUUCUGCCAUCACAGCUCAAUGCUAAACAUGUAAAUGAGUUCCAGUUGGCUGGCACUUCUGCCUACAUACAUUCAUUCCCUCCGUUAUUGUUUAGCCAUGCAGGGUGAUUGCGUUACAUCGUAGUAGUGUCUAACAAUAAGUUAAUCUCAUGGUUUUUUUUUUUUUUUUUUUUUUUUUUUUUUUUUUUUUUUUUUUUUUUUUUAAUACGAACAGUGUUUUUAUAGCACUGAUCUUUGCAUAUCAGAGUGUCCUUGAUGUUAGUGUCGUGUUGUAAAUGUUGAAUUCAGUCAACAUUGUCAUUAUUUCAUAGAGUGCGUGUUGAAAUGAGAGAGAAAGAAGCAAAAAGAAUAUAAGAGUGUAUGAGUACAUAGAAAAGUGAGAAAAAUAUAGAUGACUAUAACAUGUUCUGUAAAGAUAUGUAUAUCUACAUUCAACGUUUACAAAAUCGUCAAAUUUCAAAACACACCCUUAAAGAUAUCACAGAAUACUGGGUUUAAUUGAUUUAGUAAUGAUUCAUAUUCUAACUCUUAUCUAAUCAAAUUAUAAAAACUUUAACAAAUUAGAAAAACAUCAAAUAUAAUACAAAAAUAUUAUAAAAACAAAAUCUUCAAAGAAGAAAAAAAUUGCAAACUAUAGUAUGAUGCUUCAAAUUAUUUUCAUCAAUAUUCUAAUCUUGUUGAAGUACUUUCUUUCUUCGUGGAAAAUAUUAAUUCAAUUACAUAACACAAAAUUGUGAUCUGAUAGAUUUGCGUAGUUGAAAUAUAAACAAAAAGAUAUCAACUGGGAUCUAUAGAUCUUUCUAGAAACUGUCUAUAGAUUUUAUAUUAAUCUAAAUAUAUCAUGAUAACUUACUCAGCGUAUUAUUAACAAAAGUACACAAAGAUCAAUGUGUUUUGUAUAGUAGUUUAGAAAAUAUCUAAUUUGGACAUUAGUUUGAAAAUUUUUAUAUUUUUAAUAAACUUACAGUAAAGUGAUUUAUACUUAUUAGAAAAUGAUUGUUUUGAUUUACAUGAAUAUAACGUUAAUGAUAUUUGUCCAAAUUAGAUCAAAUUAACGAAGUUGGCAGCAGUAUUAGAGUAAAAGUUCUCAUUUGUUCAUCUUCUCUCCUUUUUUUUUUUUUUUUGUUAUAUCACAAUCAGUUUAUUAUCAUUUUGUAUUGUAUCAGGAUGGAAUGAUUGUAAAAACAGUUGAAAAAAACUGCGGCUGCAGUUUUUUUAAAGUUGUUAUGAAUAUUGCACAAUGCAAUAAUGGUUUAUACAUAUUGUAGAUAGUUGCACGAGAAAUCCUAUUAAGUUAUAGAUUUUAGAUGAGUUAUUACUCGUAGUUAUUUAUAUAUAUAUAUAAAAAAAAAGAAUUAUUACCUCUGUCACACUUUAAAUUUAAGUUAUAAAGUGGAUUUGUGCCUGGAUAUAGUAGGAUGCAUUUUUCUAAUAA